AGGAACUUUAUUGGAGCAUUAUUUAUCUGUGUCUGAUAUUUGAGGAUUAGUUUCCUGUUAAAUAUUUGAUUAUGAUUAGUGGGGGCUUGAUUUUUUAAUUUUAUUAUGAUUUUUUUGUUUCUUUGUCUUUGAUUCACUUCCUAGCUAUCGUUCUUAUGUUGGGGCUGUGAGGAGCAAUCUUGUCGAUGAACCUUCUUCUACUUGGUCUCUUUGGUGAUCAGGUACUCUGUAAAUUUUUACUUGGGAUCUCGGUUUUGGCAUCUUUCAUGGAGACUCAAAAUCAAUCAGAGCCUACAGUAGGAUUAACAAGGAUGAUUCCUCCACCAUCCGGAACUUUCCAAGAUCGUGAAGACCUCAUUAAACAUGUUCGUGAUUUUGGUGCCAAUCAAGGAUAUGUUGUGACCAUCAAGAAGUCCAGAAAGGAUAGAAGAGUCAUCCUUGGCUGUGACAGAGGAGGUGUCUAUCGAAAUAGGCGCAAAAUUGAUGAAAGUAAGCGCAAAAGGAAAGUAACUUCACGCCUUAUAAACUGUCCUUUUGAAGCCAUAGGUAAAAAGGAAGAUGAUGUAUGGGUUCUUACUAUAAAAAAUGGAGAUCACAAUCAUGAUCCAUUGAAAGACAUGUCAGAACAUCCUUAUAGUCGACGUUUCACUGAGGAAGAAGUGAGACAAAUCAAAUUAAUGACUGAAGCUGGUAUAAAACCUCGUCAAGUGCUCAAAGCUCUCAAGCAAAGCAAUCCAGAACUGCAGUCAACACCAAGGCACUUGUACAACCUCAAAGCAAAGAUUCGGCAGGGAAAUCUAUCAGAGAAAACUUUUAAGUCAUGGAGGCCAAAUAGAUCUAUUCCUGUUGAGACAAACGAUAGUUCAUCUGAUGGUUCUUUAAACCAAAACUACCAUCUGCUGAAGGUCCCAAAUUUUAUUGGAGGUAAAUAUGUAGAUUCUCAAGGCUGUGUUAUCAUUGAUGUUACGAAUCCUGCAACACAAGAAGUUGUAUCUCAAGUUCCCAUAACAACAUACGAAGAGUUUAAAGCUGCAGUUAGUGCAGCCAAGCAAGCUUUUCCUUCAUGGAAAAACACUCCUAUCACCGCUCGUCAACGUAUUAUGCUUAAACUUCAGGAGCUUAUUCGUAGAGAUAUUGAUAAGCUUGCCAUGAAUAUCACCAUAGAACAGGGCAAAACAUUAAAAGGUGCCCAAGGAGAUGUGCUUCGUGGUUUAGAAGUGGUAGAACAUGCUUGUGGGAUGGCAAAUUUGCAAAUGGGGGAAUUUGUCCCUAAUGUUGGUAAUGGGAUUGAUACAUACAACAUCAAAGAGCCCCUUGGAGUUUGUGCUGGAAUCUGCCCCUUUAACUUUCCAGCAACGGUACCCUUGUGGAUGUUCCCAAUAGCGGUUACAUGUGGAAACACUUUUAUUCUCAAGCCAUGUGAGAAAAAUCCAGGUGCUUCAAUGAUACUUGCAGCACUAGCAAUGGAAGCUGGUUUGCCAGAUGGUGUAUUCAAUAUUGUUCAUGGUACCCAUGAUAUUGUUAAUUACAUAUGCGAUGAUGAAGAUAUAAAAGCUGUCUCGUUUGUUGGUCCAAUAACAGCAGGAACGCACAUAUAUUCCAGGGCUGCUGCUAGUGGGAAACGUGUUCAGUCAAAUGCAGGUGGAAUAAAUCAUGUAAUUAUUAUGCCCGAUGCUAGCUUGGAUGCUACUCUAAAUGCCCUUGUUCCUGCUGGCUUUGGUGCAGCAGGAGAGAGGUGCAUGACUUUAAGCACAGCUGUAUUUGUUGGAGGUUCAAUGCGAUGGGAAGAUAAACUAGUGCAGCGUGCCAAAUUACUUAGAGUCAAUGCAGGAACAGAUCCUGGUGCAGACAUAGGUCCAGUUAUUAGCAAAGAGGCAGAGGAGCGGAUAUGUAGACUAGUUCAGAGCAGUGUUGAAAAUGGUGCAAGACUCCUACUUGAUGGUAGACAUAUUGUGGUUCCAGGAUAUGAGAACGGAAACUUUGUUGGUCCUACUAUCUUAUGUGAUGUUACAACCAACAUGGAGUGUUACAAGGAAGAAAUUUUCGGACCUGUUCUACUUUGCAUGCAGGCUGACAACCUAGAUGAGGCUAUAUCAAUAAUAAAUAAAAACAGAUACGGAAAUGGAGCUUCUAUAUUCACCACAUCUGGUAUAGCUGCUAGGAGGUUCCAGAACGAGGUUGAGGCUGGACUGGUUGGGAUCAAUUUGCCUGUACCUGUUCCACUACCAUUUUCCUUCGAUGGAUCAAAGGCAUCUUUCGCUGGUGAUUUCAGUUUUUGUGGAAAAACAGGAGUACAGUUUUAUACCCAAACCAAAACAGUAGCACAACAAUGGAAGGAUUUCCCUAGACGAGUAUUCCCUGCUGCAUGUCCAUCUGAGAGAAAUUCACCUAGGCAAUUGGCACCACAAAUAAUGCCUAUAGAAUCUGAAAGUGAUUCACCAACCUAUGAAGAACAACCGGAAAUAACUGAUGCAGAUAUACAGAACACAACCAUGUCAUCUGCAUCUCCAUCAACUGAUAAGGAUCACAGAAGCCAGGAUAUUUCCCUAGUUCUGCCUUCAACAUCUGAGAGGGAUAUAUCAGAUCAGGAUAUGUCACUGGCAUUAUCACCUACAUUGCAGAGGGACUUACCGAGCCGAGGAGUAUCUGUAGCCACACCACAGGCAUCAGAGAGGAUGUAUGUUUCUAAAACAUCUCAGUGGAAUGAUACUUCACCUGCAACAUCUCAAAGGAGUGAAACUAUUCCACCAAGUUCUGAUAGGGGUCAUGUGUCUGCAUCUCAGAUGAAUGUAGACAUAUUUACAGCGUCCCAGAGGACUGAUACUGCCACAGCUUUGAAACCAGAGGGAAUAUACAUGCCCAUGUCUGAUAACAUAGCUCAAAUAUCACAAGGGAGUGAUAACAUGAGUCCAGUGUCUCAAAGGAUGGUGGAUACUACUAUGCAUCCAACUUCUGAUAGGACAUAUAUUCUGGCAGCAUCUCAUUUAAAUCAAAGUGUUGGUCAAACAUUUGAAAGAACCGACCCCAUGUUUCCAACUUCUGAGAGAAUAUACAUGCCUGCAACAUCUCAAAGGAGUGACCAUAUUGGCUCAACAUCUCACAGUACUGAUAUUGGCUUACGUCUAAAUUCAGAGAGGAUAUAUAUCUCUGCUGCUUCUCAAAGAAAUGAUAGUAUUAGUCCAGCUUCUCAGCUUGAUAAUGCUUUGCCUCCUUCUUCUGAGAAGGCCUUCAUGCCUCCAAUAGUACAGAAUAAGCCGCCAAGAUCAGAGAGGUUAUAUAUUCCUACAAAUUCUCAAAGGAUGUAUAAUCAAAACCCAAUAAUUUCAAUGGAUGAAUUUCCUAGCCAAGCUGCGGCUAUGACUUUGCCAUCAUCUCAGAGAAUAUAAGACAUUGAACCAUGUUCGAUUAUCCAAUCUCUAAAUUGAAAUAUUGUAGACAUAGUAAUUUCAUUAAAAGUCAAAUUUUUU